UUGGUGUGACUGUGAGUCCCAGCAGAUCUCAGUUCUUUGAAGAAGAAUCAGUGAUUCUGAACUGUGAGGACGACAGCUCUGCAGGAUGGACUCUGAGGAGGAACAUCUCAGGAGAAACCAGGACUCAGUGUGGAUCUACAUGGGGAAAAUCAGAUAGUUUACCAUGUAAGAUCAGGUAUGUUCACAAAGAGGACAGUGGAGUUUACUGGUGUGAGUCCAGAGGGGGAGGAGCCAGCAGCAUGGUGGUUAACAUCAGUGUCUCUGGUGGAUCAGUGAUCCUGCAGAGUCCUGUCCUCCCUGUGAUGGAGGGUCAUGACCUCACUCUGAGCUGUCAAUCAAAGACCCCUCCCUCCAACCCCUCAGCUGCUUUCUAUAAAGAUGGCUCCCUCAUCAGGACUGAGCCUACAGGUCACAUGACCCUCCAGCAUGUUUCCAGGUCUGAUGAAGGUCUCUACAAGUGUCACAUCAGGGAUCAUGGAGAGUCUCCAUCCAGCUGGAUCUCUGUCUCAGAGAGACCAUCAACCAUCCCUGAUCCUCCAACCACCUCUACUCCUCCAACCACAUCUGCUCCUUCAUCUCCUCCUCCUUUCUAUAUUUGGUUACCUGCUGUGUGUGUUGGUGUUCUGGUUCUGCUGGUUGGACGACGUGUUCUCAGGAAGUCUGAAGCUGAUGGACCAACAGAAGUUACAUACGCUGACAUCAACAUCUUACUCCGCCCCCAGCAGCCAAUCAGACGCAGCACAGAUGGAGAUCCAGAACCAGGUUCUACAGCCAGAACAGCAGACGAGACGUUUGGACAGAAGACCAUCAGAGACCGAUCCGACAGGAAACACCUGACAGAGGUUCCAGGUCCAGACGUCAUUUACUCCUCCCUGAGGUAGUCCAGCAGCAGCUGCAGAGCUGAGAGGACUCCCACCAUGAAGACCUACAGGAAACGCUCUCUGCUCUCUGCUGUGGUUUCUCUGUCACAAAUAAAGAUCAGGUGUUAAAA